AUGGAACGGCAACAAGUUCUUCAUAUGAAAGGAGGUGUGGGUGAAGAAAGCUAUGCAAAGAACUCAGUUAUUCAGACAACAUAUUUGUCCAAGUCAAUGUCUGUUCUAUGGCAAGCGCUACAGGAUUUGGCUUCCUCCAACUUACCAGAGAGUGUCACCAUUGCUGAGCUCGGCUGUUCCUCUGGCCCAAACACUUUAUUUGCAGUUACUGAAAUCACAAGCAUCAUUUGCAAAAGAUGCCGUGAACUUGGUCGACCACCGCCCGAUUUUCUCGUGUAUUUGAAUGAUCUUCCCGCAAAUGAUUUCAACACAGUGUUCAAGUCUUUGCCAGAUUUUCACCAGAAGAUGCAGGAAAAGAAUGGACCAGAAUUUCAGCCUAUGUAUAUUUGCGGUGUUCCUGGCUCUUUCUAUGACCGGAUUUUUUCAUCAAAAUGCCUGCAUAUUGUGCACUCUUCUUCUAGCCUCCAUUGGCUUUCCCAGGUACCUCCAGAAUUGAGUGACAAAGAAAAUCCAGUGAUAAACAAGGGGAAGAUAUUCCUUUCAAAGACAAGUCCACCAGCUGUUAUAAACGCUUACAAGACUCAGUUUCAGAGGGAUUUUUCUUCAUUUCUCAAGUUUCGCUCAGCAGAAGUAAUCCCUGAAGGCCGCAUGGUUUUGUCAUUCAGGGCUAGACGAACACCUGAUCCAACCCCAGAAGAAAGCUGUCUUCUUUGGGAUUACUUGGGAGAGGCAUUCCAAGAUUUAGUCGCUCAGGGGCUGAUUGAAGAGGAAAAGUUAGAUACGUACAAUACACCGUACUAUGAGCCAUAUACAGAAGACAUCAAAGCAGAGGUAGAGAGAGAAGGAUCCUUCACUCUUGAUCGAAUGGAGAUUAAUGUAGCACCAUGGGAUGGGGUGAAUGGAGGAAACAAGUAUGAGAGGGCAACAACAGCUGAAAAUAUGGCAAAGGCUAUUAGAGCAGUUAAUGAGUCAAUGAUUGAGAGUCAUUUUGGACCUGAAGCUGAAAUUAUGGAUCGUUUAUUCCAAAGGUUCAUUGAAAUCUUGGCAGCAGAUACAAGGGAAGUAGAACAUGUUGGUGUUGUUGUUUCUCUGAUUAGAAAGUGA